UCAAACUGAUUUCAAAUCGUUGCUUUUUGAGCUUUCAAAAAUUGUUGAAAAGAAAUAACCUGCAUACAGAAGAACUAUCAGGAGAUGAGCCAAACGGUAGAGCCCUGCGAUGAAUCGGAUCCGCGACGAGAAUCAAGAUCAAACCCGGAGGACGAGGAUGGCAGAUGUACCUUAGAUGGCCUCCUCUUGCAUAUGUUUCAUUUACUAGAGGACCUGGAGCUGCUACACACGCAGGUGAAUAAGGAGUCAUCUAGAGCUCAGUUACUCCUGGCCAGAGUAAGAUUGCACCAGAGUGCUCUGCGAAUUCCAGCAGAAGCCCAAUUGCCCAGAGGGCGACCCUACAAGGCUCUCACUCGCGUUGUGGAGGAGAGGAGCUCCUGGGGAAAGGUUUUCAAGAUCAUCCGACUGCCUGUCAACCCGAUCCUGGGAUAUCUCCGACCUGUGAGGAACAUAUUUGGCUCUCUGGUGCCAGAUAACUUGCGAAUCGCGAAUCGGCAUUGGGAACACUGCCUGGAUCUUAUAGUUGAAUGUGCCAACAUCAAAAGAGAACUCCAAUCGACGAUUAUCUUCAUAGAGAAGCUGCGAUACUUUCUUAAUCAGAGGUAAUGAUCUCAGCUCGGAAGCCGAAUUCUAAGCUAAAAGUAAUACGAAAAUAAAGAAAACAAAACACUUGAUAUUUUCUAUGGUGGUUUUAAUAAUCAUUAUAAGCCAUUUCAUUGUUACAAUGUCAGGCAUUGUUUACAACAUAAUUAAACGAGUUCAGCUCUGUAA